GCGUCCGUUGCGAUGCAAAUCGGACCGAGAAACGGCGGUUUCUCAAAAAAUCAACCUCGCCGAAGAGAGAAGCCAGAAACAAUGGACGCUCGUCGCGUGUGAAACGAUGUGAAUCCAAGUAUGCCACGCAUUCGUUCGUUUCGAUCUUUACGCCGCAGAAACGACGGAGCCGUCCCUCCGGCGCGAUCUUCCGGCGCGUCCCCGGAGCCGAUCGUCAGGUGUUUGUGUCGGUGUGGACGUGAUUCAGUGCGGGUUGCUACAGGGUGAGUUCUCUAAGGGCCUAGGAUGGUUGUGUCGAGUGGUGGGAGGUGGAAAAUGUAGUGACGGAGAAGGGAGGGGAGCGGAAAGUGAAUUGUUUUUUCCGUGAUUGGAGUUUAGGUUAAAGAUGGCGCGCUAGUGAUGUUAUUCGCUCGUGUGUACAAAAUAUAUAGGGUGUUUUUUUUUCGACAGGUGUCAGACGUGUAGGAUUCGACUUCGACAGGGUGUUAUUUGGUCAAAAUUAACAAUAAAUAAGUUUAAAAGUCAUUGCUGAUCAUUUCCUGAAAAAUUUUGUUCUAGAAACAAUGCAAAAAAGUGUACCCAAGUGAUUUUUCCACUCGUUUUUCCGCACACAUACAAUAGUAUCUCUAAAAUCGAGCUGUCAGCGACACCGAUAACAGUUGCCCGAUAAAUGGUUGUUGUGCAACAAAAUCUCGAACUGCAAAGGAAUCUGGUACACAACCAAUUCCAAAUCCGACGUACGUAUAAUAAUAUAUCGAUCAACGACAAGUGCAAAGCGGUUCCGUCGCGGGGUGUUGUGAUUCUUCGCGGGUGACGAUGCGAGGUUGGGGAUGACUUUGCUCUGUGCCCCGUCCAAAGGAUGCAACUGCUGUAACAGGAUCAAGGAGGCGCUGUUCUCCGUCAUGGGGCUGACCUGUCUCGCCAGAGAUGAAUGUGGCCAGAGCGGGGGAGAAGCCGACAGUGACGAGGACGUCAUCACAGACUAUCACCUGCCAGUGUUGGACAUGCUGCCUCGGCCCGGACCCCUGCCCACCAUCAGCGUGACGCCACACUCGCCCGCUAACAAGACAUACCCGGUGUUGGAGGACAGCCUGCAGCAGGUCCGAGAGCUGCACGAGAAUGUCCAGCAUAUGCGGAAUGUCACCGUACAAAGUUCCUAUGGACCGAAUUCCAGGGAUUUUGCAGCUUUUGCUCUGAAUCCGCUGUUAGCUCAAGUGGCGAGGCUCAGCGCGAGCUGUCCCGUGCUCAAUGAAACCAUACAAGAUCUCGAUGUGAUAGGCGGGUCCUUGGGAUCGUCACCAUUGCACCAGCCACCCAGCAGGAAAGGCAGCGGAACUCAAGAUUGGUUGUGCCAACCCGAAACUCAAAGGAGACGAUCAUGGACGGCCUUGGAGGAUCUCACCGGCAACAAGGACAAAAUCAAGCAUACCCGCCAGAGGAGCAUUUCUCUGAGCAGUAUGGAAUCCGAAGCAGACGAGUCGUCCCUGAUAGAUAACGUAGAUGGCAGCACGGUGAGGCUGUUAGGACCAGACGCACCAAUUGUGAUAAGGCAUAGAGGUACGAGAGGUACGGGAGGUGGGGCUAGCACUCAUUCAUUGAACGAGGCUGAUCUACAGAACGACUUUAAUAAGUUGAAGGCGAAAAGGGAGGCAGAACAGUUACGUCUUCUGCCGGCUAGGCUGCCGCUGCAGAAAUCCAUCUCGACGCCAUCUAUCAUUGCCGUUAGGGAUUUGGCACCCGAGCCGGCUCUAGCCGGGGCACAACCGACCUUACCUCUCUUGGUGUCUAGGGGCCGACCCAGCGGGACGGAGAGCGAGACCGAAGAGGAGGGUAGCAGGUCCGGACACGCCCACUACGAUCCGCACUCCAUCGCACACUUGCACCACGUUCCGUAUGACAGACAUUCUGAGAAGCGACGGAAAAGGGGAAGUCUGUUCUUUAGGAAAAAGAAGGAUAAAACUAAAAAGGCUACCCACCAGUGGGUGUCGGGGUGCUACGGUACUUCUCAAAUAUGUGAUGUCUGCACUAAACCUUUAAGCAAUAAACCUGCCCUAUACUGCGAGGGUUGUGGCACAACAGUACACCAAAAUACAUGUAAGGACAAUAUACAGGAAUGCGCAAAGAAAAAUGCAAAGAGUACAAGUAAAUUAUCUGGAUUCGCCGUUCCGCUGACCAACGCGAAGAACUCGAUUGCCAAACGGGGGUCCGCCUCAUUACCCGGCUCGACGACGACCACCACUAGCCAAAUAUUGUGUGAUGACAAAGAUAGUGAUUCGCAUCAUGGACACCAUGAUUCCGCAAAUUUUCCCGACGACGUACCCAUUAUACCGCUAGAGUUUCUGUCCGAUUCGCCUCUCACAGCGGCCGACCUCUGUUCGGACUUUAGCUUAGGUCUGCACGAAACCGAACCGGACUCGUGGUCCCCGUACGUGGGUAAAGAAAUAUCCAGGAAACUUAAGGAAAAGGAAGUUAAACGGCAGGAGCACAUAUACGAGUUCAUCUUGACUGAGAAACACCAUUGCAUGACGCUACUAGUCAUGCAGAAGGUUUUUGUAGACGGUCUACAAAAAUAUUUUCAACUGGGCCCGAGCCUGGAAAGGAUGUUUCCGAGACUGUUGGACUUGACUGAAUUACAUUUAGGGUUGUUGUCGAGGCUUAGACAGAGGCAGAGGGAGAACCCCGUGGUUUCUUCCAUUGCCGACAUACUGCUGGAGCAGUUCUCGGAUCAUCACGCUUCGAAACUGAAAUCUGCUUAUGGCGAGUUCUGCAGCAGGCACAGGGACGCCGUCGAAAUCUACAAGUACUAUCUCCAGAACGACCAGCGUUUCGGGGAAUUCGUUCGGCACUGCCAAACCAAUCCCCUGUUGAAGAAAAAAGGCAUUCCCGAGUGUAUCCUGUUCGUGACGCAACGCCUAACGAAAUAUCCGCUGCUGAUAGAGCCCCUGAUAAAGACGAGCAAGGAGAACAGGCAGGAGCAGGAGGCCCUGCAGAGAGCGUUGUCUCUGGUGAAGGAGGUCUUGGUGGAGGUGGACGCCCAGGUGGCGGAGAAAGAGAAAGAAGACAGGAAGCUGGAGAUUUAUAAUAGGAUCGACGCCAAAUCGUACACUGUACAUAGGGGAGACAAGUUCAAAAAGUCUGACAUUUUGCAAGGCAACAGGGCGUUGAAGUUCGAGGGCGUGGCCAUGCUUAUGCAGGGCAGGGGCAAGAUGCAAAUCGUUUUGGUCAUCGUACUGUCCGAUGUGCUGUUUUUUCUGCAGGAGAACUCGCACAAGUAUACGUUUUUCACACCCGACAAUAAGGCCGGCGUCGUAUCGUUGCAAAAGCUUCUGGUGAGGGAGAAGGCCGGGCAGGACUCCAGGGGAAUUUAUUUGAUAUCUUCGAAUCCCACGGACCCUGAAAUGUUUGAGCUGAAAGUGCACAAGCCGAAGGACAAGCAGAUUUGGAUCCAAGCAAUAAGGGAAGCCGUCCAGAGCUGUCCCGAGGAAGACGAAGACAACAUCGCCCUGAGUUCCGAGGAACGCCAGAACAUGAUGGCCUCGAAGCAGAACCAAGUCCGACAUUUAGUAGGUCUGUUACGCCAGAAAGACAUAGAGCAGGCUUUAUUGUUGGAAGAAAAAAUGUCGUUACAGCUGAGGCUGUUGGCCGCGGCUGGACUGGAUCCGCCGUCGCCGCCGUCUUAUAGACAUCUAGUGAACGAGAACGCCGACACGGGGCAGAUGUGGAAGGAGGUUUUAACUGCUGUCCAGGAGGUUAGUCAGCUGGCCAGUUCUCUCUACACGACCGGCACUAACCUGUCGAGGAGCGUCAGCUCGGCCGGCGAACACCAGAGCGACACUUACGUUUCCCCGAUACUGCCCAAGCGGGCCGAGACCUUCGGCGGCUUCGACAAUUGCAAUCCGGGGCCGUUGAAGUUGUUGGGGAAGAAACUGUCGACGUCGAGUACCCCCGCCGGUACGCCCGACCUGGACAACAUCAAACCUGGCGAUUCACGAUUAUUUGAACGGUUGCCUUAUAGAAACUGUGUGAUAUCAGGAGGGCCUUUAACUAAUGGCAAUACUGUAAAUGUAAAUAGCGAAAUUCAGAAUCAACCGCAACAUCACGUCCAGCAGUCGCAGCAGCUGGGUGCCGCCCCGGACGGGCCUGCUUUGCUGACUUUAGGGCGGGAGCAGCAGUACGCUGCCAUACAGCUGUCGCAUUACGUCUACACUUUGCUGUGUAUUAUAUCCCAGCUGAUGACGACCAAUGAGAGUUUGCAAGCUCAAAUAACGACUCUCAGAGGCGGGGCGGAUUCGAAACAGUACAGGCACAACCAGCAGUUGGAAGAGUUACGUAAUUUCCAGGAUAGAUUGAGCGGGGAAAAAGCCGCGUGGGCUGCCACGAGGGACCAGGAAGUCAAGGAGUUGGAGGAGAAGAAGGCGGAGCUUUUGAGACUACAGGAGCAAAUCAGGGCCGAACAGAACGACAUAACCCAGCAGCGGGAGCAGCUGUACAGGAAAAUGGAAGUCCUUACCAGCCAGGGUCUGUUGAUAUCCCCCAACGUUGCCAUACCCGUCAGCGGCCUGGCGGACGAUAGCAGUAAAGAAACUUCGGAGGACAGCAGUCCACAGUCCGACACUUCGUCGGCCGCUAGCGGGGUCAGUUCAACUACGUCUGGCGUAAGCGCCGCCAAUCAAACCUCUCUGGGGCACUCGGCGUCUACGGCGGAGAGGCGGAAGGAUUCCAAGUGGACGAAAAGCGGUGUCCAAACAAAAUCCCAGCUACCGCUGAAUCUCAUAUCGGCGACGAAUCAGCAGAAGGUCUCGCAGAAUGUGUCGAUAAAGCAGCAGAUUCCGUUGAAGCUCGCUUCGAGGUUAAGUUCCGGUAGCAGCGGAGAGGGACAGAAGGGCGGCUCGGGGGGUCCACAGCAGAUGUUGCCGCUGAAGUUGAGCCAAGACGAGAAGAUCAGGAGGACAAGUACUUCUGGUUACCAGCGGCUGGGAUCGGAUAACAGCUUCAGCCCUCCGUCGGGAGAUACAACACCGACCAGCUUGAUGCAUUCGCACACGAGGACCGGCUCCAGCCCAGCCAUGAUGCAAGCCUCGCCCCCCAACUCGGCCUGCCCCAGCCAGUGCCAGAGUCCCGGAAGUGCCAAAGCCAGCCGUACGCACACGUACCCGAAGCUGCCGGACAAGUUCAAGCAGCAGCCGCCGGCCGACGAGGAGGUCAUAUAUUUCUGACGUCUCUCUAGCAGGACAAAGUAUUUUAUUUAUUCUCUUAUCAACACAAAAGUGUGAAUAUUUUAUCAGUUACUCAUAUAGUUGCAUCCGUUUUUAACUUUUUAUUUUAGUAUUAUUUAUUUAGCCGUUAGGAUUUUUAUGUAACCAGUUAAUUUUUAGACGUUUUUAUUGUUAUUUAUAACGCUUUUCGGAUUAUUUAAAUUUUUAAUUUUAUACGAAUUGGAUGUCGUUGAUGAAACUACUUAUUUAACUCGGCUUUGUUUUCCAAAAAUUGUGUUCGUCUUCCUAUGAUAUUCGCAAAAGUCAGUAUUUUUAAAUAUACUCAAAUCUUAUGACAAUACAAUAUUCGAGGAUGUUAAUUUUCAUCUUUGAGAAACGUAGGGGUACUUCUAGUUGUCUCGUUUGUUUCCGUUCCUUCUUGUAUAUAAAUUAUCCAUAGAUAGUCGAAACCAACAGUUGAAAGUCCUUAAAAGUGUUUCUAUCCUGAUUUCGAUCGUCUUUCAACUUCCAAAAUAGACCAUCGUUGAUUACUCUAACGUAGCGUAGAACCGUUCCUCACAGGAAAAAAACUUCUUGGACCUCUGGUAUUUUGAUCUCCUUUGUAUAUUCGUGAUUCUGUUGGUACGUAAAUUUAUAUAUAAACAAAAGGCCUACUAUAUUUUUGUCUCUUCAGGUAAAUGUGUAGUUUAAAAGGGAAUAUUUUUAUAAGAUCUAUUUAUCCCUCAAUCUCAACAAGUAGAAAUGUGUGGUAGUUUUUAAAAGGGGGAUGUUUAGGGUCCGAGGUCGUACGACGUUAAAAUUAGUUUAGGAUUCGACGGUGAGUACAUGCGGCGAGUUUAAAUACGGGCGGUGACGCACACCUGUUGCUGUUCGAGAACGUUUUGUAUAAAAUUCCUUAUCAUUGUUUCCGACUGCAGGUAAGUGGACACGUAAUUCUACCCGACAUUACAUUUUGCAAUUUGAGGUUGGCUUAAAGCAAGCAAUUGACAGUCGGUAGGUGUGAAUUUGUAACCGACACUGUAAUUUUACAGUUAUCAAGUGUAAAUUUAUAAGUAAUGUCUCUAAAUCUGUCGAUUUUAUCAAUUGAUCUAUUUUGUAAAUUACUGGUUCAAUCAAUUGGUUCAUUUAAUGUGAAUUUGUAGUUGAAACUAAUUUUACAUUGGCUAAAUGUAAAUGUACAGUUAAUACCUUUAAAUUCAUGGUUGUUACUGUGAAUUCUUUUACAUAAAUCGCUAGUUCAGUAAUUAAUACUUGGUAAUGCAAAUUUAUGGUUGAAACUGUAAUUUUACAGCUGGUAAAUGUAAAUUUACAGUUAACGUCUCUAAAUUCUUUGUUACUGUUAAUUGAUUUAUUGACAUGCUCGGUUCAGUAAUUGACACUUGACGUAAAUUUGUAGAUGAAACUAACUUUACAGUUGGUAAGUGCAAAUUUACAGUAGUAAGCAUAAAUUUGCUUUGUAAAUUUACAGUUAAUGUCUCUUAAUUCGCGGUUGUUACUGUGAAUUGUUUUAUGUAAAGGUUUAGUAAUUAACACUUGGUACUGUACAUUUUUGGUUGAAAUUGUAAUUUUACAGUUGGUAAAUGUAAGUUUACAGUUAACAUUUUUAAAUUCAUAGUUGCUGUUAUUGAUUGAUUUUAUCUGUUCAGCAGUUAACACUUGAUGACGUGAAUUUGUAUAAGAAACUGUAAUUUUACAGUUGGUAAGUGUAAAUUUACAGUAAUAACCAUAAAUUUGCAGUGUAAAUUUACAGUUAAUAUCUUGAAAUUCGUCGUUUGCUUUAUAUAAAUUGCUGGUGCAGUAAUUAAUAUUUGGUAAUGCAAAUUUAUGGUUGAAACUAAUUUUGCAGUUGCUAAACGUAAAUUUACAUUUAAUGUCUCUAAAUUCGUGGUUACUGUUAAUUGAUUUAUUGAAAUUAUGGGCUCAAUAAUUGGUAUUUGAUGACGUGAAUUUGUAGAUGAAACUGGUACAGAUGAUAAAUGUAAAUUUACAGUAAUAAGCAUAAAUUUGCAGUGUAAAUUUACAGUUAAUGUCUCUAAAUUCGUAGUUACUGUGAAUUGUUUUGUAUAAGCUGGUUCAAUAAUUAAUACUUGGUAAUGUUUUAUGGUUGAAACUGUAAUUUUACAGUUGGUAAAUGUAAAUUUACAUUUACUGUCUCUAAAUUCGUGGUUACUAUUAUCUCAGUAGUUGGCAUUUGAUGAUGUGAAUUUGUAGAUGAAACUAAUUUUACAGAUGGUAAGCGUAAAUUUACAGCAAUAAGCAAAUUUACAGUGUAUGUUUCUAAAUUCGUGGUUGUUACUGUGAAUUGUUUUAUGUACAGCAAUGGUUCAGUAAUUAAUUCUUGGUAAAUGUAAAUUUACAUUUACUGUCUCUAAGUUCGUGGUUACUAUUGUCUCAGUAGUUGGCAUUUGAUAACGUGAAUUUAUAGAUGAAACUGUAAUUUUACAGUUGGUGUGUUUAUAGUCGUAAUAAAUUUCCAGUGUAAAUUUACAGUUAAUGUCAGUUAAAUUCGUGGGUAUUACUGUGAAUUGUUUUAUGUACAGCACUGGUUCAGUAAUUAAUACUUGGUAAUGUAAAUUUAUGGUUGAAACUGUAAUUUUACAGUUAAUGUUUCUAAAUUCUUAGUUACUGUCAAUUGAUUUACUAAAUUUAUGGGUUCAGAAGUUGACACUUGAUGACGUGAAUUUGUAGAUGAAACUGUAAUAUUACAGUUGAUAAGUGUAAAUUUACAGUAGUAAGUAUAAAUUUGCAAUUGGACAGUGUAAAUUUACAGCUAAUAUAUCUAAAUUUGUGGUUGUUACUGUGAAUUGUUUUAUGUAAAUUGCUGGUUCAAUCAUCUGGUUUAGUAAUUGAUUGAUUUGUGACACUUCGUAAGGUGAAUUUGUAGUUAAAACUGUAAUGUUACAGUUGCCGAGUAUACGUUUACAGUAACAACUGUAAAUUUGCUAUCGGUAAAUUUACCGUUAAUAUCUCUAAAUUCGUAGCUCUUAUUGUCAAUUCAUUUAUUUCGUAAAUUGCUAGGUAAAUCGGCUGGUUUAGUAAUUUAUACUUGGUAAUGUGCAUUUACAGUUGAAACUGUAAACUUACAGCUGAUAAAUGUAAAUUUCUGGUCAAUGUCUCUAAAUUUGUGGCUCUUGCUGUUAAUUUGACUUAUGUAAAUUCAGUUCAGUAAAUGACGGUGGAUAAUGAGAGAAUCUAGUUGAAACUGUAAAUUUACAGUUGGUAAAUGUAAAUUUAUGGUAACGUGAAUUUGUACAUCAAACUGUAAUUUUAGAGCUGGUAAAUGUAAAUUUACAUCGGAUGCAUGUAAAUUUUGAUUGUAAAAGGUAAAUUUACAGUAACUGCGAUAAUUAUGAAGAUGAGGUACUUGGUUAAGAUUCUUGAUGAGUUUUAAUAAAUAAGGAACAUGUGGGCAGGUAAAAUGUUGCUCUGUGAAAUUGCGACUUCAAAUUGGAAAAUCCGCGUGUCCACUGACCCAGUCAUCGUGUCUCGACGUUUCCGAUGAGUUACUUACCUUGAACAUCUUUGAUGUGUUAAUUAGCGAAAGAACUAAGGAAACCAGUAUUUACGCUCCUGUUACUUAGACUGUGUUAAAAUUUCCUUCCCUAGGUACUUAAAAUUCUUCUACUCUGCAAUAAAUGUACGUCGACUGAGUAAAUUUUAGAUUUUCAAAGAUUAACCAUUGUUACUUAGGUGAUACAAAUAGACUUGUGUCAUUGUUAUUUGACUGUCACUAAUAAAACAAAUGCAAUCUUGCCUUGAAAUUUUUCCCGGGCGCGGCUCCUCUCGGAGCGCGCCCGCCCGGGAAACUAAAAAAAUGUUCUGUUUAUAAAAUAUAUUUAUUGAAUCUAAUGUAAAUAAAAUGACGGUGAGAAAGUAUGUUUUAAAAUUCAUAUCUACUUAUAUUUUUUGUAGUUUUUUAACAGUCUUGAGGUUUUCAUUUGUAAUGUAAAUUAAAACGCCGUUACGGUUACGUUCACAAUUGUUAGAACCUACAUUCCAUGACGUUGGACGGAUUACUGUAGCUUACUUUUUUUUCAACGAAUUUUUAGAUAAGCCAAAAUUUAUAAGGUGUACUUAAACGAUUAGGGUUCAUUUUUUAUUGGUUCGUUUUUAACUAAUUGGUAUGCAUGUAAAUAAGACUCAUAUUUAUUGUAAAUAUAUUUGAUUAAAGUGUAUAAAAUGAUAUAAA